AUGGAUGUGGGCCCUGCCACCCCUGCUGGACUGGGCCAGCAGAAACGACCCCGCGUUUCCGAGGAAAACCGCAAAAGAGCGGUGCGAGCCUGCGAUGGAUGUCGUCGCGUAAAGGAGAAAUGCGAAGGAGGCGUCCCCUGUCGCCGGUGUCUCCGGUAUCGUCGGCAAUGCAUCUUCACCCACCCCGAUCAGACGGAGAAGCUCGCCCGAUCGCCGUCCGUCUCGAUUCUGGACCGCACGGUUGCUUUCAAUCAACAUGAAAUGCUCGAGUCGGAGCGUGUCCGGUACAUGGAACGCAUUCUUCAACAUUAUGUCCCGAAUAUCUCGUUCGAUAUACACUCUCUUCGGAAGAUGGCGGAGGAUCUGAAACACAAGCAUCGUCCCUCUGGGUUGGAGGCUGGACCGCCUUCGAUGCAGCUGGAAGGCGACGAGCUCGAGGAUUUGGCCAUCGAUGAUGAGGACUUUACCAUCAAGGCUUUACCGGAUAAUACUACCCAAUACUCGGGAGAGUUCUCGUAUUUGAACUUCUCCAUGAAGAUUAGACAGAAGAUUGACGAGUGGAUGAAGACAGCAGCUCCAGAGGCAUCGACCGAAACAGAGCCGUUCGAAGAGCGAUGGCGAGCGACGCAGCUGCAGUCGGGUUCGACUUUGGUGUCGACAUCAGUCACCUGUCUUCCGCCCCGUUUUGUCGCCGACUUCCUGGUUCAAAUAUUCUUCAAAUAUGCCCAGACCAAUAAUUUCUACGUUGAAGAGGACUGGCUGCGAGAUAAGCUCAACACGUGUUAUACAGAUCCGUCUUGUCUGUCGUCGAAGGAUGCCGGCUCGGUAUGCGCCAUCCUGAUGGUCUUGGCUGUCGGAACACAGUUUGCGCAUAUGGAAUCGUCCAUCCCCGUCAAUCGUCUCUCGUCCAACUCGGCAUUUGAUGAUGACCAUCACUUUUCCGAGGACGAUGUUGGUCUUACUUUUUACCAGUUUGCAUCCAAGCUGUUGCCAGAUAUCAUCGCCACUGCAAAUGUCCGAAGCGUGCAGGCCUGCCUACUGAUCGGAACGUAUUUGUUACCACUCGAUACAUCUGGGCUAUGCUACACAUACUUUGGUUUGGCGCUGAAGAUGGCGAUCCAAAACGGUAUGCACCGAAAGUAUACGGGAGAAGGACUAUCGCCGCGUAUGAUUGAGAUUCGGAACCGUGUGUUUUGGACUGCCUACACUAUCGAGAAGCGUGUCAGCAUUCUUCACGGUAGACCGGUUUCCUUGUUAGACGCAGACGUAGAUGCCCCGUUCCCCACGGACUUUCAAGGCUUGACGCCAUCGGGACAUGUUUCAAACGAUACGAACAUGGUGACCCUCAUCAAGCUUACACUCAAGCUUGGAGAGGUUGCAAACGAAAUAUCCGUCCUUCGCAAGUCCCGCAAGAAUCAGCAGCAAGACUGUCUGGAGAGGCUCUUGAAUUUGCGAAAGAACCUGGUCGACUGGUGGGGAACGCUACCUGAAGAGACCAACUGCAGGGAUCUCAAUCCAGCAGGACCCCUUUUCCGCUCCAACGUGCACUUGAAGCUCGACUAUUGUCUGACCCGCAUCUUCCUGGGACGACCGUUCCUCUUCAGCACCAACAGGGCAGUCAGCUCGGCUACUCUACCCGGUGCUCCUCUCAAAACACCGUCAGGUCCCGCCAAAAACCGUUCCACAUUGAUUACGGAUUGUGUAGAAGCCGCCCUCGAGAUUAUCGACCUAUGUCGGCUCCUUCGCGACGAGCGCGGUCUUGCUCGCGCAUCAUUUACCGAAUUCAGCUCAUGUCGUGCUGCUCUGCUCGUCAUUCUAGCCCAAAGCUUGACCAAACGCACCGAGCGCCUGCGCGAAGCAUUGGACAAGGGCAUGGCACUGAUCAAGAUCAUGUCCAUGGGCGUCGGCUCUGCCCGUGCAGCAGUAAGCGUCAUUGAGACCUUGGAACGCGCAAUUCGCCGUCUCGAAGAGUAUAGCCAGACUCAACCCCAAGGCAGUACCGGUGUCGUCGAAUCAGCAUACGACCGAUUCAAGAACUGGGAAAUGCUAUGGAAGACCGGGCCAAUUUCACCCGAAAUCGUCCCAUUCCAAGAGCAGCAAUACCAUCAUACUAGCAGUAACGGGCUCGCCCCCGUUGUCACCCCCAUUCCGGGCGGCGCAUCUACCGCGAACGAGCCCGUGGAAGCCGACGUCGGCAGCGCAAGUCUUCCCGACUCGUCGGAGUUUUCUGUUUCACAUCCCCUGUCGCAGAUGCCGCAUUUCGGCCUCGAUCACUUCGUUUCGAAUCUGCCUCAAGAACUGGGCGAGUUCACUGCCAUCCCUUGCUUUGAGCCUGAUGGCCAGCCGAGUCUUACUGGAGAGAUGAAGCAAGCAGAUACGCGGUGGAUGAACUUCAUGAAUGAUUGA